GGAUAAUUUGAUGAGCUCAGCAGAAUAUUAAAACUCUGAGACUCGACUCUGACUCAAGAGAAUAACUUUGUACUUUGUAUUUAAAAGUAUGGCUUACAGACAAACAAGGACUCCUUCUAGCAGCUUAGAUGAGGAUAGUGACAGUGAUGGCGCUGGAUAUGUGAGCUGUGAUGAUACCUUACCCAGUGUACAUCCAAUUGAGGAGCCACAGAAUAAACCACUGCUCCCUGGCCCCAGCAUUGAUGUGAGGGAUCCAGUCCAGCCUCCAGGAAAUGAGCUACAGUCGUUUCAACAACAAGAAAAGCUUGUAUCACAACUAUCUGCAGAAAAUGAAGACUUACGACGAACAAUAAAACAUCAACAGGCUGAAUAUGAAACAAAGCUAGAAGAAUUACGACUAGGAGCAAAAUCUGAGACUGAAGUUGAAAUGAAAGAACGGCUAAGGGCUGAAGUUAAAAAAGAAACGCAAGAAGGGAUGAAACGAUCAAGGGAUGACUCUAGCAAACUCCGUACACAAUUAAACCAGAAUUUAUCGGAAAUGGAGCAACUAAAAGAGAGGCUCUUACAACUAGAAACGGUUGAAAAAGAGAACAAGAAGCUGAAAUCAAAGGUGGUCACUAAAAGUGGCAAGGCGGUAACUCGUCUGGAGGAAGAACUUCAGGCAAAAGCCUUGCUUGGAGAGAGAAAUGAACAACUGGAACGGAUGCUUCAAGGCACUCAGCAAAAGCUAGAGCAAAUAAUUGAGGAAAGGGAACGCCUAGCUAAUACACUUAAGGCAAAGGAUCAUCUUGAAGAAGGUAUGCAACAACUUUCAACCGAUCUCUCCGACAAGACAGACGAGCUAGCAAAAAAUCUUUGUAAGCUGGUUGAUCGACAGAAAGAAUGCAACAAACUGGCGACUAUUUGUGAUACAUUGGAAAAAGAGAAAAAUGAUAUGCAGGCUAGGCUUGAUGUCACUUAUAAAGAACUGAGGGAGAAAGAGGAUGAUUUAGUGAUCGCCGAAGUGAUGCAUACUGAAAUAAGUACAAGAAUGCAUAAACUUGAAGAUCAUCAAAUAGUACUUAAAGCUAAACAUGCCACACAACUACAUGAGCUGCAAGACCAGCACAAAGAGCGCGAAGCACAAUAUGAAGAAUCAGUUGGUGUGGUGGAGAGUGAAAGAAAUGAUCUCAGAACCAAAGUUAUGCAUUUGGAAAUGAAGGAUAUUCAACUCACCACUGAAAACCAAGACCUUACAAAGGAUUUGGACUGCACCAAACAAGAAUGUGCAAUGCUUACCGAACAAGUCACCAACUUAACUUCACAGGUGUCUGCAAUGUCACAGCAUGUAAAUGUUGCAGUUGAAGAGAAACGACAGGUUGCAGGGAGCUUUACGACAAGGCUUGAAAAGGCAGAAGAAGAGAGAGACAAGUUGCGUUCGCUGUUGGAGGCAAGGAUGAGGAGCACAGCAGAAAGUAACCGUGAAAAAGCCGACCUUAGAGCCCAGCUUCUUGAUUUGAGGGAUAGAUUUGACUCUGAAACCAAACGCCUCAGAGAAGAUCUGAACGAAGCUAACAGUGAAAGAAUGCGAUAUCAGAUGGAGCUCAACUCUCUAUCAUUACCGUCUGAUGGGUCUCGAGGGCUUCCGUAUGCUAAUGAAGUAGGACAGCCAUACCAAGCAAGACAACCUCCACACAACGACUAUGCACCUGAGAACCAUUUUGGCCAGCACUAGAAUUUUUCUUCUACACUUUCUAUUAAUUUUGUCGCUGAUUUUUGUUUUUAACAUUGUAAUUAUUUUGUACAUUAUACACUUAAUUGUACUUCAAUAUAGGAUUAUACCUCCUUUCUAUGUA